AUGACUGUUUUAACGGAUUCAGCUGAGCAAUAUAAACUAAUCACUAAGGGCUUGCAAGAAACUCUUAAUGGGCAAAUUAUUAAAGAUGUUCUAGAAAAGGAAAACCGACCAGUUAAAAUCUACUGGGGGACAGCUCCAACCGGUAAACCACACUGUGGUUAUUUUGUGCCAAUGAUUAAGUUGGCCCAUUUUUUAAAAGCCGGUUGUGAAGUCACAGUGUUGUUGGCUGAUUUGCAUGCCUUUUUAGAUAAUAUGAAGGCUCCAUUGGAAGUUGUAAAUUAUCGUGCCAAAUAUUAUGAAUUUGUUGUUAAAGCCAUUUUGAAAUCGAUCAAUGUCCCAAUUGAAAGAUUAAAGUUUGUUGUUGGUUCGUCUUACCAAAAAGGUGGGGAUUAUGUGAUGGAUUUAUUUAAAUUGUCCAACAUUGUUUCACAAAAUGACGCCAAAAGAGCUGGUGCUGAUGUUGUUAAACAAGUUGCCAAUCCAUUAUUGUCAGGGUUGAUCUAUCCAUUGAUGCAAGCCAUAGAUGAAGAGCACUUGGGUGUUGAUGCUCAGUUUGGUGGUGUGGAUCAAAGAAAGAUUUUUGUUUUGGCCGAAGAGAAUUUACCAAGUAUUGGCUAUAAAAAGAGAGCUCACUUGAUGAAUCCUAUGGUUCCUGGUUUGGGCCAAGGUGGUAAAAUGAGUGCAUCUGAUCCAAACUCUAAAAUUGAUAUUAUUGAGGAUCCUAAAGUUGUUAAAAAGAAAGUUAAUAGUGCUUACUGUGCCCCUGGUGAGUUGAAGGAUAAUGGUUUGAUCGCAUUUAUUGAAUAUGUUAUACAACCUAUUGCUGAAUUGAAGACUGGUGUUGAAGGGGCAUUCAAGUUGGAUAUAGACAGACCAGAAAAGUACGGUGGUCCUUUGUCCUAUGACUCGAUUGAACAAUUAAAAGCUGACUUUGUAGAUGGAAAAUUGGCUCCUCCAGAUUUGAAACUGGGGGUUGCUGAUAAGAUUAAUGAAUUGUUGGCACCAAUUAGAGCUGAAUUCGAAUCGAGUGAAGAGUUCCAAGUGGCACAGAAGAAUGGUUAUCCAGUAGAAAAACCAAAACAAGAAAAGAAAAAGAAAGUAAAGAAGAUAGGUACUAGAUAUCCAGGCGCUGCUGCUGGUGUUGACUCUGCUGAUGCUCCAGCAGCUUCGAAUGCUGAUGGAAAGGUCAACGAAAAGAAAGAAGAAAAGUCAACUAAAGAAUAA